AUGCUAUUUUGCGUUUUCCUCACCAUUCUUGGUGCUGCUGUUGUUACUGGGCAGGAUGGGUCCCCUAAUGGUGUAAGCUUCGUGGGUAUCGGCUACAACAUAGUGGAAGGGAAUCCAGAGGGAGAUGAUAAAAAACAUGGGGGCAUCGAUCAUGGCCUGUUGGUUUCAAGAAAGAUUUUCAGCCUAACCUACAAAACCAACAAAUUGACUGGUGGAUACAAAGUUCCGGAUCAAAUAGCAUUUAGUCCGCGUCUUUCCUGUGUCCAGGAUAAGGAGACGAAAGCGUCGAUUGUGUUUGGCUCUAAGAGUUAUCAGUCGAAGCUUAAAGCUGACGUGGAGGCAUCUGGUAUUUACUCCUACUUUAAGUAAAACUUCCAUGCACUUUCCAUGACUUGUUGUUUCCUCCCAACUAACCUAGGCUACGUUUGACACUAUAACGGAUAACUUUCGUGCCGAUACGAAAAGCUAUCCCUGUUUGGUAUGGUAUGAACAGCAACGGCACUAACCUGAGAUCAGGCUCAAUUUUCGUUUCGUUUUGUAAUAACAUUAGAGAGAAUGUAUCAUGAGAACCACUAAAAUUGGGCCUGAUCUCAGGUUACAAAGGCACCGAACUAGAACAAGGCGUUCACUCAUCGAACAUCGUGCCGAAACGUUUGGCCGAGAGGGCUUAAUUUGGUGAAUUAAUUCCCAGUCCUCACUCCUGAAUAUUUACUUUCAUCUAUUCACUUCCGCUACCGACCGAAUACAUUUUACACGAGCACUGCACCGAAGUUUUGCGCAGAACCUGUCCGCCAUAUGUGACGCUUCACUUUCGAGAUCGGUGAGGGGCAGCUGCCUUCCGUUACAGAAAUCGCGCCGAAAUCAUCGUUCUUAUGUGUAAACAGAAGCCUUACACGGUAUGGUUUUUGUAGUAUCGAUGAUGUAAUUGUGUACGGUCGAAAUGAGUUAUGGGUAAUUAAAAAGCACAUGGUCAAGUGUCGAGUUGAAUCUGUUGUUGUGUGCAUUUAUUUUGGUUAAAUCCGGAUGUUUCACUGACCAUGAAACACUACAGUUUUCGUGCCAGCGCAAGAGUUAUCCGGUAUAGUGCAAACAUAGCCUUAUUCACCUUUUCUUGUCUUCUCUCAAGCCUAAAACCCAGGGGAGCAACGAAUCACGAGUCGUUGAACGACUAAUAAAAAACAUGUAUAUGUAUUUUCUUUUCUAUUGCAUGCAAAUCCAAUGAUUCUCCCAAUAAUUGCACGGUUUUCCUAUUAUAUUACUAUUUUUAAAUCAAAGUUAAGACUUACUUUUUUAAAGUAGCUUACAAGCCAUCUUAAUCUUAUAUGUUUUUAAAUUGUUUUAUUUUUAAACACAUAAAUUUUUAUUCUAUGCUUUUUCUAAAUCCACUGUCAAGCGCUUUAAAAUAUUUUAUAUUUUAGCGUUAUAUAAAUUUGAUUUAUUAUCAUUAUUAUUAUUAUUACUAUUAUUAUUAUUAUUAUUAUUUUAAAAAUGAGGCCUUCCAAGGGAUAGAAGCGACAGGCGACAGGCGACAUGCCCCCGAAAACUGGCUACAAUCCUCUCAGAAUUCGAAAGCACCGACAAUCGACAUAAAAGAAGGAAAGAAUUGUAACGGCGACAAUCCAUGCAUUUUUAAGUAGUGAAUCGACACCUGUUCAUUUUUGCAUUGGCUGUUUUGGCAGGAAAAUAACAAACUCUCUAGCCUUCUUUAUUUCCAAACAUUCUCUGUUAUUCUCUUUGGAACGUUUUUUUUUUAAUUUUGGUAUUGUUCAAGAUCGGUCCUCCGAAGGAGAGAGGUGAAAAACAAUUAAUUCUUUCCAGGCACUAUAUCUACAGUGAGUUCCAAAUUGAGUAUCAUAAAAAUUUACGCCAAAUCUGACGGCGACAUUUUACUUAACCCGGCCUCCAGGUGACAGGUAGCCUCAGAAAUUGUAGAUAAUGCGAAAGCAGCCCCCGCCAUCCCGCCCCGGAAGGCCUCAGAAAUAGGGCUCAAAUCAACGAUUUCUAUUUCAGAUUUCAAGAACUUGUCCGCGUUAAAUUUUACUUACUUUUGAAUUGUUGUUAAUAAAUUAAUAAUAUUUUAAUUAAAUUAUAUCUAGCCGAAUUUUUGAUAACGUUAUCGCCAAAUGGACCUUUUGCGUCGAACAGUUUUUUUUUUCCAAAGUAGCUAUUAUAAAAACUAAGAGUGCAACCAUUGCUUUUUUCUUUUCACUCCUUCUUUCCUUCUCCUCGCUCUUUCUUUUUCUCCUUUGUUUUUCUUCGUUACUAUGAUUUUGGAGCUUCACGGGCUUAAGAGAUAUGCCUUUUGAGGCUUUUUCACUCAAAUGACUGCAAAUUUCGUAAGGUUGGCUUUCAAAAAAUCGGCUAGUUAUGCAUGCACAUGAUUGACCUUCUUUCUGUCUUUUUAUAGCUGGUUUCGACCUCCUAGGAUUGAUAGAUUUCGCUUUCUCUCUCAGCGCACGUAAGCGAAAAAAAAAAUCUAUUUUUUAUCACAUAGAAAAAAUUUAUUCCUUUGAAGUUACAGUUUGAAUUAUUAAAUCUUCCUUUUGGUUUAUUUUGUCAUUGCGUUCGACGUUAGGAGAAGGCAACUCCUAAUCUUUGGAAUCCUGUGGUAUUCAGAGUUGACCUCUUCAGCAAGUUUUUUUUUUCGUCGUUCGUCGUAACAGUAUGAUUUAAGUAAUAGAGCCGCAACUAGUAGUGAAAUUAGUGAAUUUCAAGCCUAGUGAAAUACAUGAGAAAGAUGUUUCAGGCGGCUCGGAGAAAAACCUUCGAGUACUCCGCAAUAGGAGUCGAAGCUAAUAACCAGGUAGGUAUUCAGUGGUUCAAAAGGUGCUAUUGAACAUCUGGGAGCAGAAGAUCUGAGGUUCGACUCUUGAUUGGGAGUACUCGGUUUUUUUCCCCCAAGCCGCCUGUGUCACUGACUGAAAAAUCAUCUUUCGCACUGAUCUUAACGCUGUUUUAAUUUUUACUGCAGUGUAUGAAAGCAUGAAAUUGGAGACUUCAACAAAUCACAACGUGUUCUACGAAGAGAAAAAAGUUUGCAAUAAAGGUCGAGCUGGGUACUUACUUGAUGUGGCUUCAAGUGAGAACUUCUCUGUAA